AUGUUUGACGUUAGCUCCACCUCCCGCACCAGCUCAGGCUCCUUCCCUGCCAGUGAGGUGACGUUCCAGGAGGCAGUACGCCCGGAUACCCGCUCCUGCCUCCCUACCGCGUCUCCAACAUUCAAAACUUCACCGCUGCCACCUGCCAAACCUUCUCCCAUCCCUUUGCCCAAAAACCUGCCAUCUCCUCCAGCAGCAGCAGCAGCAGUACCAUCUCACCAGACUAGACUCCCCCUGCCUCCCUCUCUCCCCCACACCACAGACCCGCUGUUUGAGCACCAGCCUUUCAUUGUAACUUGGAACAUUCCUGCUCUUGUGUGCAACAAGUAUAAUAUCUCGCUGGACACCUCGCCCUUUAAAGGAGUGGCCACGCCUGCUAAGGUUCCAGGACAGUUCUUGUCUCUGUUCUAUACAGACCGACUGGGUCUUUACCCCCACGUAGACCUCACAAGUAGAAAACAGUUCUAUGGUGGCAUCCCUCAGAGAGGAAACCUUAGAGCCAGCAUGAACAAGGCCAGAGCCGAUAUUAACUACUACAUCCCAUCCAAGACGACCAGGGGCCUGGCCGUGAUAGACUGGGAGGAAUGGCGCCCCCUGUGGGACAGAAACUGGGGCACAAAGAGAAUCUACCAGACUUUGUCAGUGGCUCAUGCUAUGCAGACAAACCGCUCUCUGACAGUACAGCAGGCCACAGAAAAAGCCAAGCAGCAGUUCCAGGAGGCUGCAAAGAGCUUUAUGUCCGGGAUGUUGUCAAUGGGCAGAACUAUGAGACCCAACUACCUGUGGGGCUUCUACCUGUUUCCCAACUGCUACAACUACGGCUGGCAUGAACCUGACUACACCGGCCACUGCUCCAAGGAGGCGAGGAGGCAAAAUGACGAGCUGUUCUGGCUGUGGGAGUCCAGCACUGCCCUCUACCCUUCUGUGUACCUGCAGGAAUCCCUAGCAGACAGCCCCAAAGCGGCCCUGAUGGUGAGAAACCGUGUCCAGGAAGCUUUGAGAGUGUCCGCCCUGCCCAGACGGACUACCUCUGCACCUGUGUUUGUUUACACACGACCUGUCUUUGUUGACCAGAAUAGACGCUUCCUCAGCCAGGGGGAUCUGGUCAGCACCAUCGGGGAGAGCGCAGCAGUUGGAGCGUCUGGCGCUGUAUUGUGGGGGGCCAGUGCCGACUAUGAUGACCAGACUUCCUGUAAAGCUCUCUCAUCCUACCUCACGUCCAGCCUCAACCCUUACAUCACCAACGUCACUGCGGCCGCCCAGCUGUGCAGCAGCUUCCUGUGCGGCGGGAACGGCCGCUGUGUCCGAAAGAACUACAAGUCCAAUCACUACCUCCACCUGAACCCUGUGAGUUUCAGGGUUGUGCGUAUUCAGAAACGCUACCUCGUUCUCGGGCGACCCACCUUCGCCGACCUGAAGACUCUGAGCAGGAGGUUUACCUGUCGGUGCUACAGAGGACUGAGCUGCAGUCCCAGGACGCACAGAGAGCUCGCCAAGGCCCUGAUGUUUAGUCUGAAGCAAGGACUGUUCAAAAAAUCCCACACUCUGACUAAAACUGCGUUAGAUGACACACAGCAGACCAGUAUUACAAAAGAUAGUGUUAAAAAGAGCUUAAAUGUUUAG